AAUAUAUUAGAAUUAUUUUAAACCAUUUUUAUCUUGGUAACUUAUAUUUUAUUAUUUUUUCAUUUAUUUAAUCCUUAAGGAUGUAUAUUUUAUAUAAAUGUUUUUAUUAUACAUAAAUAAUAUCAAAUUUAAGAGCUCAAAGUUUAUAUUCUUUCUUUCAAAUUUAAUACUAAUACAAUGUUUUUUAAGUUAUAAUGUAGAAUCUUUGUGUAACAAUAACAUUUUACAAUCUUCCUUUAAAUUUACCUAUAUUAACACAUCACCAGAUACUUUAUUUCAACCACACACAUCUUACAUGAAAUAUGAUAAUAUAAGACAGGAUAAACGAAGGUCCAACCAAGUUGGAUCUUUGUCAGAUUACGCAGUGAAUAAAAAGAAGGGGCUGGGCCCAAAAUCAACAUCGCGUUGGGGCCGUAGACUGGAUAAGGAAGCUGGACACAAUUUCGGAAAUAUCUCAGGAAAUGAGGACAUUGGCGGUUGUAACCCAGACUACAAGUUCCCAGAAUCAUUUUUUGACGAGCAGGAUGAUGGAUACUUCUGGCCUCCAAAAAGUGUUAUCAAGAAAACUGGGAAAUUAUACUGGAACCUGAGAGAAAAACAGGGUGAUCCUUAUUCCUCGUAUAAAAGACUGCUAGGAGAGUGGACUCUUGAUGAAGGAGAUAUAACGGUGAUUUUUGAUAGAAUACAGUCUGAUCCAUUUGCUCCUCCAUCCAAUGUCAGAGUCAGAAUACCUCAAGAUACAGCAAGGUUCCCCUACGACUUAAUGAUCCCCAAAAUAAGGAACAUAGCUUCAUGUGACUACAUUGCUAGGAGCAUCAGUGAAGAAUUGACCGCAAUGAGUAGGGAAUGGGAGUCAAGAUCCCUAAAAAAACGAGGAUUUCAUAUUUCAAAGCCCACUCAAUACGUACUAGAGAGGAAAUCAGUGAUUCUCAAUAAAGAGUUUGUUGAACUUCGGUUAUAUGCACAUAUGCCAUCAAACGGUCGUAGAAUUGAUGGCAAAUACGCUGCUAAGCUUUUCACUGACAUACUCCCAAAAAUUUGUAAAGCUUACUUAAAUUUCGAGUCCUACGAUAAGGAGCAAUUUUACAAACACGUAAAGUGCGUUGAAGACCAGCAACAUUUGAGAAAUUCACUGGAGGACUUGGGACUAGUGGCAUUUGUUGCUAACGGAGCAAUGUUACCCAGAGAAAGCGGAACCAGUGAUAAACCUCUGAAAUCUCCAGACCUCAAGUUGUUCAAAUCUCCAGCAAACCUCGAAGUGACAAUCAAAACUCCUAACAAAGGGGACGUAACUGGCAUGGGUAUUAAGGCUGGAGUCACAGUGAUAGUUGGAGGAGGAUAUCACGGGAAGACAACUCUUCUAGAGUCUCUACAAUUGGGGAUUUACAAUAAGGUGCCAGGUGAUGGGAGGGAGUUUGUCGUAACAUCACCAAAUUGUGUAAAAAUAAGGGCUGAGGACGGCAGGAGUGUUAGAAAACUUGACAUCUCGACAUUCAUUGGUAAUUUGCCAAAUGGGAAGAGUGGGACUGAAUUCACCACUGACGACGCCUCAGGUUCAACGUCUCAAGCUGCCUCAAUAGUCGAGUCAAUUGAGAUGGGAGCAGACCUCCUACUUAUUGAUGAAGAUAUCUCAGCCUCAAACUUUAUGUACAGAGAUAAACUCAUGGACCUCCUUGUGUCAAAGGAUAAGGAACCCAUUACCCCCUUUCUCUCACUUGUUAGACCAUUUUAUGAUAAAAUGAACGUUUCCACUAUCCUCGUAUCGGGUUCUUGUGGCCUUUUUACCACUCAAGCUGACCUAGUACUACAAAUGGACGAGUACAGUUGUCUAGAUAAAACUCUCGAGGCUAAGUCUUUAUUUGAAGAAGCAGUUGAUACACUUCCAAAGGUUGAUUUGACCAAGUUGAAGCUGUUUAGUGGGCUGAUCAAUUCUCGGUUAAUUUCGAAAAGCACCUUUAAAAGAGUAAAGAAUAAGAUUAAACAACAUGGAAUUCAUAAGAUAAAGUAUGGAACGGAGGAAAUCGACUUAAGUCUUGUUGAGCAGUUGGUUGAGGUUGGCCAAACCUGUACUAUAACAAACAUUAUUACUUACUUGGAAGACCUUUACCACACUCCACAGCACCAAAACAAGACCCUACGUGAGUUAUUGGAAUCUUUGUACCUCGAGUGGAACAAGAAUAAAGAUGCUGGAUUCAAUGGUCUGGACCAAGUUAAUGGAUUUAAACACUUUCCAUCUGGUGAUUGCACAAUGCCUCGCAUAUUUGAAGUUGCCGCUGCAAUUAACCGUCUUCGGUCUUUGUUUGUACCAGAAUUUGUUGAAAGUAACUAUAAACCUCAAGAGAAAUUUAAAUAUACUGAUUAAUUUA